AUGCAAACUCCUGUAGAGCGGAAAGCUGAUGAUAAACUUGGGAAAGUACAAGCAGAUCUUGAAAUGACUGGCGACUGCAGGAUUCGGAAGAACUUCCUUAAACGUGGGUUUGCUGAAUUCUCUCGUUGUUUCCCUGGCCUCUGUGAAGGAAAAUCCACUCUAGUCCCUACCUGCAUAUCUCAGCCUUGCUUACCUGUUGCCAACAUUGGGCCAACUCGAAUUCUUCCCAAUCUCUAUCUUGGCUGCCAGCGAGAUGUCCUCAACAAGGAGCUGAUGCAACAGAAUGGGAUUGGCUAUGUGUUAAAUGCUAGCAAUACCUGUCCGAAGCCUGACUUCAUACCUGAAUCUCACUUCCUGCGAGUGCCUGUGAAUGACAGCUUUUGUGAAAAAAUUCUGCCCUGGUUGGACAAGUCUGUGGAUUUCAUUGAGAAAGCAAAAGCUUCCAAUGGCUGUGUGCUGGUUCAUUGCUUAGCUGGGAUCUCUCGCUCCGCCACCAUUGCUAUUGCCUACAUCAUGAAGAGGAUGGACAUGUCUCUAGAUGAGGCUUACAGGUUUGUGAAAGAAAAAAGACCUACCAUAUCUCCGAACUUUAAUUUUCUGGGCCAACUCAUGGACUUUGAGAAGAUGAUUAAGAAACAGACUGGAGUGUCAGGGCCAAAGAGCAAACUCAAGCUGCUGCACCUGGACAAAGCCAGUGAGCCUGCGGCCUCGGAGGGUGGACGGAAGAGUGCACUGUCUCUCAGUCCACCCUGUGCCAACUCUACCUCAGAGGCAGCAGGGCAAAGGCUUAUGCAUCCUGCCAGUGUGCCCAGCUUGCAGCCUUCACUCUUAGAGGACAGUCCACUGGUACAGGCCUUCAACGGGCUCCAGCUGUCCUCAGAGAAGUUGGAAGACAGCAAUAAGCUCAAGCGUUCCUUCUCUCUCGACAUCAAAUCUGUUUCGUAUUCAGCCAGUGUGGCGGCAUCUUUACAUGGCUUCUCCUCAGAGGAUGCUUUGGAAUACUAUAAACCUUCUGCCACACUGGAUGGGACCAACAAGCUCUGCCAAUUCUCCCCUGUUCAGGAGGUAUCAGAGCAGACUCCAGAGACCAGCCCAGAUAAGGAGGAGGCCCACGUCCCCAAGCAGCCCCAACCCAGCAGACCUUCAGAGAGCCAGAGCAAGAGGUUGCACUCAGUGAGAACCGGCAGUAGUGGGGCCACCCAGAGGUCCUUCUUCUCACCGCUGCAUCGGAGUGGGAGUGUAGAGGACAAUUACCACACCAACUUCCUUUUUGGCCUUUCCACCAGCCAGCAACACCUCACCAAGUCUGCUGCAGGGCAUGGUCUCAAGGGCUGGCAUUCGGAUAUUCUGACUCCCCAGUCCUCCGCCCCCUCCCUGACCAAUAGUUGGUAUUUUGCCACAGAGCCUUCCCGCUUCUGCUCUGCUUCAACCGUCUAUGGAGGCAACACCAGUUACUCUGCCUACAGCUGUAGCCAGCUGCCCACUUGCAGCGACCAAGUCUAUUCUGUGCGUAGGCGGCAGAAGCCCAGUGACAGAGCUGACUCGAGACGGAGCUGGCAUGAAGAGAGCCCCUUUGAAAAGCAGUUGAAGCGCAGAAGCUGCCAAAUGGAAUUUGGAGAGAGCAUCAUGUCAGAGAACAGGUCAAGGGAAGAGCUGGGGAAAGUGGGCAGUCAGUCUAGCUUUUCAGGCAGCAUGGAAAUCAUUGAGGUCUCCUGAGAAGAAAGACCCAGUAACUUCUGUUGACGUUUUGUUUUGUGUCGUGUUCACAAAAAUAUUCCCUGUAAAUCUGAAAUAUGUGUAUGUAUAUACAUAUGUAUUUUUGGAAUAUAGAGCUACGGUGUAAAAGCAAAAGAUGGAUCAUCAACACAGUUGUUCUCUCAACACCUGCACUGAGAACAGCUACUUCUCUCAGAAGAGCGGAAGGGUAGAUGUUAGAACUCCCCCAGCCAGGAGAAGAGAUCUUGUUCAGUGAAUUGCACGUCUUGUUCCUACAAAAGCAAGGGGUUUUGUUUUUGUUGUUCGAAAGCAGAAUCCCUCUCAUUUUCAUGUGCAGCAGAGAUCUCCAGAACUCAUCUCUGUCCAGGCCCUUCCCUAGUGCACCUUAGCGCUGAGACUGAGCCAGCUGUGGGUCGGAGGAAAGCCCCUCUUAGGGACAGACCCUAGUGGGAAGUCCAGGAGAAAUGAUCCUGUCUACAGCUGAGUCAUAAAUCCAAGCUUGAUUGACAGCUGAAGGACAUGGACAUCAUUCUGCUGGAUGAACUAUUAGGAGCCUUGCCUAGAUCUACUUAUAACCAAUCCAGUACCUCAGACAAGACACUUGGGGCCAUCACCACUACCAUGUCUAGGAGCCUGUUUUCUAGGCAUUGGGAAUAUGUAACUUGUCACUUUCCAGACAAAUUCAUACUGUCUAUACACAAAAUCCCAGUGGGCCUGGACGAGCAGUUGCCAUGUACCCUUCUUCUCAGCCUUAAUGAGGAGGGGACCAGCUAGAGUUCAGCAUAGCUUAGAGACUGGGCAGUCAGGUAGCUUAGAGACUUACGCCAGGGAUGGGACACUAAACAGUCUCCUUCCCUCUUUAUAAUAAUCAAAGAAUUAUCUAAAGUGGAUUGUUGAUCCUUAAAUUGACCACAGACUUGGUUUAGAGGUAAAUGUGAAUCAUUGGGCUUGGGAGCCAGAGUGACAGCCCAUUCAGGUUCUCAGCCAAAACAUGGUUUUCAGUUCUGUUUCAUGACAUGGAAUAAAACUAUAGGGAGAUUCGGGAAGAUAAAACUUGAAGCAGGAAACCGAUUUCCUAAGUGGCUUUUUUCCCCUGUGGUAUACAACAAGGGUACUACUUCUAGAAUCUUCUUAGACUUCCAAAUCUACCAUGGGCUUUGGUAAGCAAGAACUAUUCAGAGUCAAACAUACUAGAAAGAUUACAAAGGAGUUGCUGAAUUUUGUCUAGUUGUGAAUACAGGAAAGCUCUUUUCACAGGCUGCCCCGCCUGCUUUCCGAGGAAGGGACAUGUCAGAGUGGAGGCCCACAGUGCUUUCUCAGUCCCUGGCACACAGUCACUGUGUGGACGCAAUCCUGGCAGCUGAGAAUAGAAGGUAGCAAGAACAAGUGUGUUCAGGACAGUACUCAUCUGCCUUUCAACUUCCUGGCUUGAGUUUUCUCCUCUAGAGUACAGCCCUUCUUAAGGCCUUAAUUCACAUCAGCAGGGUGUGGGUGUGGGCAGGUAUGGUCAUGGCUCUUUAAGUGUUGCAAGGGGCUGACUCAUAUCUCAGGUUUUUCUAUGUUUGUGAAGUGGACGGUCCUUUGACUAGGAUGUGACUUAAUGUUUCCUAUAGUGAUUGCUAAAACGAGCGUAGAGUGACAUGGUUCGAAGCUGAAGGGCUUGAUCGUGAAGAUCAUGAGCCUCAUGGACAUACUGGUUCUGUACAGAUAAGCUGUGUCUGGGCAUAAGAUGACGGCAGAGCAGACACUGCCCAGGGAGCAGAUUGCCACUCUGGAGGUUCUCUGUUCAGCAAGCUGUGUUUUUGAUAUACAUCGAAAUCUCUUAUGUAAUCAGAAGCUCCCAAAGCUUCACAGUGAAUUUUGAUACACACACUAAAUGUGUAAGAAUCCACCCUCUUAAAGUCUGGUCACACUGGCAAGACGUAACUUAAAAGUGAAAGCAAUAGCUCAUCAUUAAGGAUGUUCCAGGAGGAUCAAGGGGUUGGCGUCAGUAUCUUUGGGCGGUGUACUGCCUAUGCCAUAAGUCAUGUAGGGCUCUCUGGCCAUGGUCUUCAUCGCUAAUGUCAUAUGAUCAGUUCUGGGAAUCAUAACUACCAUGCUGAAAGGGCUGCCUCUGAGGCACACUGUGGGUGGUAUGGUGGUUGGCUCUCCUCAUGUGAGCACAGGGAAGCCUGGAGUCUUGUGCAGUGAUGCAAAGCAGUGAUUUUAAUGAGCAAAACUAGACUCUGAGAAAUGCUGGAAAUCAUUUAGACCAUUUGUAAAGUUAGAGUGGAAAGACUAUAAAUGUUUAAUAUGAAUAUAGUGUUCUUUGGAGUAAAGCAAGCUGUUGAAUGGUUGUGCAUUUCUCAUUUUGAUGUGUCAUGUAUGUUAAUAUGAUGAAAUAAAAUCAAAACUGGUACCUGUUUAUA